CACGCCCAGAGCGCCGCGGAUCCCCGCCCCUUCGGCUCCCCGCGCACCCCGGCCCCGGCUGAGGCUCGGCUGCAGGACGGUGAGGCCCGUGGCGGCCCGCCCUUCCUGGCCGGAGGUUCCCUUGUCCUGUGGCGAGGAUUCUCCAAGCCGUCUCACCACAUGGGCCGGCUCAGAAACGCCAGGAUCCACGUGGAGAGAGCUGUCAAGCAGAAGAAGAUCUUUAUGAUCCAAGGUCGCUACCCAGUGAUACGGUGCCUCUUGCGCCGGAGAGGCUGGGUGGAGAAGAAGAUGGUCCAUCACUCGGGCACCACCCUGCCACCACCCCAGAAGGAUCUGGAUAGCUCAGUAAUGGGUGAUAGUGACACUACAGAAGAUGAGGACGAAGAUGAGGACGAGGCAUUUCAGCUACCGCAGCUGUUUGACUUUGAUGAUUUACUGGAAUUUGAUGACCUGGAUGGGACACAUGCUCUGAUGUCCCGCAUGGUUCGGAAUGAGAUCCCCUAUUUCAUCUGGACCACUCGGCGGGAUGUGUUGGAUUGUCGCUUUCUCUCCAAGGAUCAAAUGAUAAACCACUAUGCCCGGGCUGGCUCCUUUACUACAAAGGUGGGUCUAUGUCUCAAUCUCCGGAAUUUGCCGUGGUUUGAUGAGGCUGAUGCUGACUCCUUCUUUCCACGCUGCUACCGUCUGGGGGCUGAGGAUGACAAAAAGGCCUUCAUAGAGGACUUCUGGCUGACGGCUGCCCGCAGCGUUCUCAAGCUGGUGGUAAAGUCCGAAUGGAAGUCAUACUCCAUCCAGUCAGAAGAGGAAGAGGUCCCAGGAGACAAGCAGCCCAGGAAACAGGAGAAGAAGCCAGUGACAGUGUCGCCAGAGUUUGUGGAUGAAGCUCUGUGCGCCUGUGAGGAGCACCUUAGCAGCCUGGCUCACGUGGACAUCGACAAGGACCUGGGGGCGCCACUGUGCCUCAGCCCUGAGGGCUGGUCCCUCUUUCUUCAGCGCUACUACCAGGUGAUCCAUGAGGGGGCGGAACUCAGGCACCUCCACACUCAGGUCCAGCGCUGUGAGGACAUCCUGGAGCAGCUGCGGGCUGUAGUGCCCCAGAUGGACAUGGAAGGAGAUCGCAACAUCUGGAUCGUGAAGCCGGGAGCCAAGUCCCGAGGACGAGGCAUCAUGUGUAUGGACCACCUGGAGGAGAUGCUAAAGCUAGUAGAUGGCAACCCCAUGGUGAUGAAAGACGGCAAGUGGGUGGUACAGAAGUAUAUUGAGCGGCCUCUGCUUAUCUUUGGCACCAAAUUUGACCUGAGACAGUGGUUCCUGGUGACUGACUGGAACCCACUUACCGUGUGGUUCUACCGUGACAGCUACAUCCGCUUCUCCACACAACCCUUCUCCCUGAAGAACCUUGACAACUCAGUACACCUGUGCAACAACUCCAUUCAGAAGCACUUGGAGAAUUCAUGCCACCGGCACCCACUGCUGCCCUCAGAUAACAUGUGGUCGAGCCAGAAGUUCCAGGCGCACCUGCAGGAGAUGGGGGCCCCAGAUGCCUGGUCCACUGUCAUCGUACCCGGCAUGAAGGCUGCCGUGAUCCAUGCCCUGCAGACCUCCCAGGACACUGUGCAGUGUCGGAAGGCCAGCUUUGAGCUCUACGGUGCUGACUUUGUGUUUGGUGAGGAUUUCCAGCCCUGGCUGAUUGAGAUCAAUGCCAGCCCCACCAUGGCCCCCUCCACUGCUGUCACUGCCCGGCUCUGUGCAGGCGUGCAAGCCGACACCCUGCGUGUGGUCAUCGACCGGCGGCUAGACCGCAACUGUGACACGGGAGCCUUCGAACUCAUCUACAAGCAGCCUGCCGUGGAGGUACCCCAAUAUGUGGGUAUCCGGCUCCUAGUAGAGGGCUCCACCAUCAAGAAGCCCCUGGCAAUGUGUCACCGGCGGAUGGAGGUCCGCCCAGCACUCCCUCACCUGCUGACCCAACAAGGCUCUGGGGAAGCCCCUCCCCACGUCCCCAGUCUCCACACCAAGGCCCGGCUGCCUUCUCCCCAUGUGCUCCGAUCCCAGGGGGGGGUCCUCAGACUGCAGCACAGCAAGCUGGUGGGCUCUAGGGCCCUGUCGACCACAGGCAAGGCCUUGAUGACUCUCCCUACUGCCAAGGUUUUGAUUUCCUUCCCAUCUAACCCUGAGCUCAAGUUGGCAUCCAGCGUCCUGAAACCAAGAAAGGUGGGCCUUGAGCUGCUAUUAUUCCCCACCGCCUUCGUGGUCCCCAUCCUGAAAGUGCCUUGUGGCCUCUACCCUUCGAAGUUGGAACUCUUCCUAAUACCCACAGGAAGAUCAAGGCCAAAGGCAAGUUCAAGGCCAGACUCUGACAAACCCAAGGCUGAGGCAUGCCUCAUGAAGACACUGAGCCUUCCAGGACCCCUGCCCUUUAUCAAUGCAUACCAUGAGCUAGGGGGCAUGGGGGACGUGAGGCUGGAGAAGUCCUUGCUUCAGGUCACUGCCCCUAUCCUGGAUGCAGCGCCAAAUAAAAAGGAGCAAGUGAAGUAUUCUGGGCUUGGCUCCGUUUCUGUUGGAGGGUGAAGAGAGGGUAGGCUGGGGCCCUGUACCUCAAGGUCCAGAAUGAGAGCUGGAGGCCAUCAGCAACCCUUCCACAAACCAAAGGGCCAGAAUUCCACCCCCUAACAGCAGACAUGGGGCUUCCUAUGCAGGGAUUCUCUGACACCUCUGAUCCUUGGAUUGGGGGGAAUAAGCCUCACUUUGUGGAUGAGGAGAAACAGUCUGAAUGAGGAGACAUGGCUUGCCCAAGAUCAUGUGGCAGUGAGAAAACUAGGACACAUUCCCAGACUGCUCACCACUGGGACAUCCCCAAGCCCCAAGCGCAGGGGAGAAGCCAGGAUGGCAGCAGAGUGACAUCUAACGGGGGUCAGAUUUAUAACAUGAGAUGGGGAGGAUGGGCCAUGCCAGCAAGGGGCGACAGUUGCCUAGAAAGGAAAUAUCCAGCCAGCCACACCCAUCUGAAAACCUCUGGUAUUUCUUAGUUGUAGUGAGUUGAAUGGUAGCCUCCCUGCCCCCAGAAGAUAACAUCUGCUUGGAACUUGUGAAUAAAUUCAUUUGGAAAAAUUGUCUUCAUAGAUGUAAGUCAAAGACCUUGAGGUGAGAGUACUCUGGAUUGUCCAGGUAGGCCUUGAGUCCAAUGACAAGUGUCCUUGUAAGAGCCAGAAGACAGAGACACAAGAAGACCAUAUGAAGACGGGGCCUGAACUGGUGUGAUGCAGCCAUGAGUCAAGCUUCACAGCUACCAGAAGCUGGAAGAGGCAAGGAUUCACCCCUACAAGCUUCAGAGAGCAUGGCCCUGUCGAUACCUUCAUCUCAGACUUCUGGUCUCCAAAAACAUCUCUGAGAAAAUCAGUUUCUGUCAUUUUAAGCCACUCGGGUUGUAGUCAUUUGUUACAGCAGUCCUAGGAAACUAAUAUGCUAGUCAAGUGAAGAUACAUCUACUCUGCCAGCAACUGUUGUAUAACUGAACCAGGAAAUGCAGACUGGGACACACCAGUGUUGUGCUAACAGCUGAAUGGUAAAAACAAUAGAAGGGAUAAACUGUUUUAGUCUUGUGCUGGAAUUCAAAUCCACACUAUACAUCACAGACACAUUUCACAGUGUGGAACAAGAACAAAGCACAAGAGAAUAUAUAUAUAGCAUGACUCCAUUUAUGGAAACUUCAGAAUAGGGCAAAACAAAAUAUAUUGUUUAGGGGUCCAUAUGUAUGUGGAAAAACUUAAGCCAGGAAAGUUCCCAUGUCAGGGGAGGGCUUCCCAACCUAGACUGAACAAUAGAACCCCUUCAGGAGCUUUAAAAAAGAUUGAUGCUGGAAUUUCCAGCCCAGACUGAUUAAUGGGGUGCAGAAUCACAGGGAAGGGGCUUUCUUAAAGCUUCCUGAGGGGGCUUCUAAUGUAGAGCCAGGGUUGAGAACUGCUACCCUAACAAGGAAGGAGAGGCAUGUUUCUA